GCAUGCAGAUUGUCUAUAAAUAACUACUCCACAACACAACCCCAUGCAACAGACGCUAACACAAACAUGGCUCAGUAUUAUGCUACUCUUCAUUGCUUCCAACACCCUCGGACUUGUGUCCGAAUCACAUCCAGCUCCCUAACGGAUUCAAACCGCAGAACAGAGCUGAAUAUGGGCAGCCCAACUAAGGAAAGCUCAUUGUUAGGCCUCUACGCCAUGAAUGGUGGAGGGGGACAGUAUAGCUAUGCACAAAACUCUUCUUACCAGAGAGGAGUAAUAGAUGUUGCAAAGCCAGUAAUUGAAGAAGGAAUAGCAGCCAAACUUGAUAUUAGCCACCUCUCUUCAACCCAAACAUCAACUUUCCGGAUUGCUGAUUUUGGCUGUUCAACAGGAAGGAACUCAUUUCCUUAUUUUCAGAUAAUCACUCAAGCCAUUGAGAAGAAGCUAAUAGCAGAAAAAGGGCGAAUUACCCAAAUCCCCGAGUUUCAUGUGUUCUUCAAUGAUCAGCUAAUGAACGAUUUCAACACCCUUUUCCGAUCACUCCCACCCCAAAUAAAUUUUUAUGCUGCAGGAGUGCCUGGUCCUUUUCAUGGUCGCCUUUUCCCCAAGGCAUCCCUUGAUUUUGCUUACUGCACUUGUGCCCUUAACUGGCUUUCUCAAGUGCCAAAGGCUGUGGCAGACCAUAUGUCUCCGGCAUGGAACAAAGGCAAGGUUCACUACACAGGGGCCAAACAAGAAGUGGUUGAGGCCUAUUCGCAUCAUUAUGCUCAUGAUAUCAAGUCAUUCCUAGAAGCUAGGGCAGAGGAGCUGGUGGCUGGAGGACUAAUGGCUCUUCUAGUUCCUGCAGACCCUGCUUUUAAGAGCUCCGCCACAUCCUUCACUACCCCAACGGAAAUUGAUCUUCUAGGUUCUUGCCUAUUGGAUAUGGCCAAUAAGGGAAUAAUUAGCAAACAAAAGGUAGACACGUUCAACUUUCCAUUGUAUUUUACCAUCCCCCAAGAGCUGAAGGAGAUAAUUGAGAGGAGUAACAGUUUCACUAUCGAAAGGAUGGAAAUACUUGACAAUCCAGGGAAGCGCACCUUGUGCAGUGCUAAAGCACGAGCCACAUACCUCAGGGCAGUCUUUGAGGGAAUGCUGAUAAAUCACUUUGGAAGUGUAGUCAUGGAUGGACUAUUUGACUGCUACGAGAAGAAAAUUGCAGCUUCACCACAUUUCCUGGACCCUGACAAUGAGAAAUCAAUAAUAAUAUUUGUACUCCUCAAGCGCAAAGCUGAGUGAUAACCCUAAUAUUUUUCUUAUAU